CUAACACUCUAUCUGCAACCUGUGAUUUGUAUUUUUGGAAUGAUCGGGAAUCUUAUCGCCUUCUUUGUGUUUUUUUCGGUAAAAAUGAGAACGAUAUCCUCGAAUAUUUACCUAGCUGGUUUGUCGUUAAGUAACAGUGCCUUCUUGUUCGCCUUAUUUAUAGUUUGGCUGGAGAUCACAGGCGUUCGUCUUAUACAUCAGAACGGCUGGUGUCAAGCGGUUAUUUAUACGUCGUACGUCUGUAGUUUUUUGUCCGUCUGGUUAAUCGUGUGCAUCGCCAUUGAAAAUUACAUCAUAACUUUUCAUUUAUCGAAGGCGGCCAAACUAUGCACGGUAUAUCGGGCUACCGUGGUAGUGGUUGGGUUAACGUUUUUCGGA